UGCGCGCAUUGUUUACUGUGUUGUGCAAAAAGUGAGUGAGUGAGUGAUGACUUUGCGUUGAGGCAGGCAUUUAAAAACUGCAGAAAGAAAGGCCAACUAGGACCGAGUUAGUAGUAGCGAGUGAGCAGGAAAAAAACCACUGUGUGUGAUGUGCUGUGCACUUUAAUCCCUCCGCCAGCAAUCAACGGCGGCGUCAACGAACGACAAACGCGGCGAUAAAACCAGCACCAUCAUCAUCAUCAUCAUCAUCAUCAUCGUCAACAACAACGACUAAACUCUGGCAGAAAGAGUUGCUCCAGCUCACUACUUCGGAAAAGUGAGCGUUCGUUCGCUCCGAUCGAAUUGGCCCGAAAAAAAAUAGGUUGCCUGUGAAAUAAUUGACUAGUGAAGUGCUGUUUGCUUUUUUAUCUUGAAAGCGCAAGAACGACGGAAGACCUUCUCCGGCUCGGUGUAAAGUGGAAUAAAUAAUUAUUUGUUGAGUUGAGAAAAAAGAACACAAGAAGAAGAAGAGCCAACCUCCAGAGUGUAUAACUGAUUAGAGAAGCCCAUCAGUGCGAGUGAAGUGGAAUAACGACGAUCUUUGACUUCGAAGGCGAAGAACAGGACGAACGAUUCAAGACCGGGACGGCGACGCAGGUGGUGGACUUAAGCACGGGCAGGCAUGGUUCGCGGAUUCUCUAAUGGAUCGUAGCAGGCGUUUGCUGCUUCAGCUGGAUUAUCGUGCGGAGGUUUUUUCAGCAUUCACUUCCCACUUGUUCGGGCCGUCGAACCGGUGAAUCGGACCGCGCAGGCAGCAGGCGCUGAAAAGUACAUUACCAUCAAUUGUUCGAUUUCCUGAUCCCGGAGCAGACCAGGCAAGCGUAACGUAACGUAAACCAGACCAGACGAAAACCCAAACCAAAACCAAGACAAAAACCGGCUCCGGGCUAGUCGCAGAUGGCCGACUACUGCCACAGCGGCGGCAGCAGUACGGUCAGCAGCAGCACUGGAAGCUGCUUGAGCUCGUUUCGGCCCCCGCCGGUGGCAAUGGGUGGCUAUCCACAUCACCGGCUGCAUCACCAUCACGGCGGCUCCCACCCGUCACUGCUACGAACCUCGACGGCGACGACGACGACGACGACUGCAACCGGAGGCGACGGCGUGCGGUCACAUUCGGUUUCGGUGACUACGGCAGCUGCGGCAGCGAAGGCACUCGGAACGAUGGUGAUUGACCACCGGGUACGGAUUGUACGGCUGAACCGGCCACCGCAGCACAGCACCGUCGGUCACAGCCACCACAACGGCAGCAGCAGCAGUAACUUUGGGUUCUCCGUCCGGGGGGGACUCGAGUACGGGACCGGGUUUUUCGUUUCGGCCGUGGAAAGCGACAGCGAAGCGGAGCGACAGGGAUUGAAGGUUGGCGAUCAAAUCGUUAGGGUUAACGGCUAUCAUGUGGACGAUGCCGUCCACCGGGAACUGACACACUUUGUGACCAACCAGGAGCGGCUGGUGCUGAAGGUGCGCAGCGUCGGGAUCAUUCCGGUGAAGGAGCGCUCGGUGGACUCGCUAACGUGGCACGUGGUGUCCUUCAACGGCGCCUCGGUGGUAUCCAGCAGCAGUAACGCGAGCUCACUGCCACGCGUCGAACGAACGAGCUGCGGCAGCAGCACAACCAGCAGCACCGGUUCCGGUGGUACGGCCGAGGAACUUCCAACGACGACGACGACGACGACGACGACGACGGCCGGUUCGAGCCGGGAAUUGAAGAUUACCCUUUCGGUGCCGCCGCGAACUAAGCUGGGAUGCGGCAUCUGCAAGGGCCCCGACUGGAGGCCAGGUAUUUUCGUGCAAUUCACGAAGGAAGGUGGUGUGGCACGGGAAGCAGGUCUGCGACCGGGCGAUCAGAUUAUGUCCUGCAAUGGGCGGGAGUUUGCGGACAUCACUUUUGCCGAAGCGGUAAGCAUAAUGAAGGCUUCCAGCUUGCUGGAAUUGAUGGUGCGACCGGGAGCCGGAAUCGACAUGUUUCCCGGAGAAUCCAGUGGGUACAAUAGCAGUGCAAGCAGUGUAAAUGGUGAUUCCAGUCCCUGCUGGGGAGAAUCGGCCGCCAAGCGGCUAAGCAUCGUAAGAGAGGAAUCUAUCUCCAAAGACCGGCGCGGCAAGCUAGGCACAAAAGGGGUUACCAACGGGCGACGAAACAAUACGACAAUAAUUGAAUUUUCCGAAAACGGAACCGUUAUUAACAAUUCAAAUAGUUUAGACAAAAAACAAUCGAACGGAGAAAACAAUAGCACCGCAAAAGGGGAAUCGAAGAAAUUGGCGGAUAUUUGCUUCGUUUCGAAGCAAAGCGAGACGAAAACGAUCAUUGUUGAGGUUCAUCGGAGCGCGUCAGCCAAUUCGAUCCACACUGGGUCACCACCCAGUGCAGGUUCCGCAUCGCACAUUCCACCUCCACCGCCGCUGUUUGCGGAUAAAAUCCCGCCGCCUCCACCGCCGAACAGUUGCGGUCUUAGCAGUGGAUAUUCGACCACCAAUAGCGCCAAAUCUAGUUCCGUCAGCAGCAGCAACAGCAACAACCGGCAGCAGCAGCGCAGCCCUUCCGCGGUCAGUUUGGCGGACUCGAGUGCCAGCAGUGGCAUCGACUGCGGUGGUGGCCUUGGCAAUGCAAUCUCCGAGGAACUGAAGCGAAGAGCGCAGAAAAAGGGAACCUCAUUGUCGUCGGCACUGGAACCGGCGGCCGCGCUAACUGAACUGGAAAAUAGGUUAAAAGAAAAACGUUUCAGGCCACCGAACAGUGGCGGAAGCGAUGCAGCGCGACAUUCCGCCCUGAUGGACGAAUUCAAGGCGGUGCACAAGCGCAUGUUCAAGAACGGGUUCGACAACGCAGAGCUGAAGAAAUCACCUUCCAAAGACAAGUUACCAACGGACGGGGUGGCUCCGCCACCGGCUGUUGCUGCCGGUGCAGGCAGCACGACCGCCGCAACCAAAGGAACGAUGGGUCGGGUGGCCGCCACCGAGCUGGCCAAAGCGAACGGAGACGUGGCCGAACUGGAAUCGAUCGAAUCGUUCAAGAUGACUAACCCGACGCCAACGCCGGUCCGGCCACCGUCGUACUAUUUCUGUCCGCAGAACACCGGACCACCGACGAUGAAAAAAACCCUGAAACCGAUCGCGGUCACCAUCAGCGAGUACGAACCGUCGAAAAGCGGCAAUCGUUUCGAUACUUUCACCGAAAGUAGUGACGCGUCCUGCUCGAUCGGGAGGCUAAGGAGCGAGCUGGAGAAGACACUGUCGAUGUCCAAUUUGCGGCUGCGAUGUGAAUCGCGUGAGAAUCUGGCCGAGCGCGGCCAUCCAGCUCCGCUGGACGGACAUGCCAAAUUGAACCGCAGUUCGUCGGUUGCCAACGGGGUUGGCAGAGUCGGCUUCUGUCAGCUGCCAGUUGCCAGUUCUGGCCUUUCCAGUGGAAAUCGAAUAACGAUUUCUAUUUCCGGCAGUGCGGCGGAGCGCAAGUGAGCAGAGGUUCAGCAUGAUAGGCGGGGUGUCAAAUGCGUUUGUGUGUAUGUAUGUGUGUGACCAGAGGAAAACAAUCACGUAUUAUGCUAGAUUUACUAGAUUUAUUUUUGUUCAAGAGAGAUUAUCCUAUUCAAAGGAUCGGACUUUGUCGAAUGAGUUUUGCGAUGUGAAUUGUAAAAAAAUUACAACUUUAUUUGUGUUUUUUUUCGAUCGUGGUAAGGAAACUUGCUCUCUUUUCUUGUAAACUACUUAAAAGAUAUGCUCAAAAGUUAACGAUAGAAAUAUAUUUAUGAUAACGUUU